UUACCACUGCGUUUUGAUUGAACUUUGUUGUGGACUAUUAGGUGUCAAUCUAAUAAUCCCUCGUUUGUCCUCACACUCGUUCUUUUCUUUGGUGAACGGCUCUGCGUAUUAGGUACUUUACGUUUUUGUGCAGGACUUGCUGGCAGUUGACUUUUGUUGGACGAUGGUGGUAAUUUACGUGUUGACAGCUACAAGGCUAAGAUGAGAGACAUGCUGACUCCAUGACACUAACUGUGCACCGGUGAGUAUCUGAGUCGCGACCGUGCUUGGCAUCACGCGGGUACUAUUGCCUCUGUGUGACUUGGAUAGAUUCUCACAAGCCAAGUUGGCAAUUGUGAUCAUGUCGUUUGAACAUUUGCUGCCACCCAGUUGGAGGGUCCAAGUCGGUGACUGGCUCGCUGAGGACACGCCGGCCUUCGAUUAUGGUGGCUACGUCGUUGGAGAGGCUGAAAGAAUUGCAUUUCUCUUUGGCAAGGGAAAACAGCUUGCAGUUUUGGCAGGGUGUCCAUUCGUCACUGAGAUCUUCCAUCAGCUCGGCUGCCAGGUGGAAUGGCACAUGAAAGAGGGAGACACCUUCCAGCCCAUCAAACACGUUGCCACCGUUCGAGGCAAAGCCCGGCAUCUCCUCCUUGGAGAACGCGUAGCGCUAAACCUGCUUGCCAGAUGCAGUGGAAUUGCAACAAAGUCGAAGCAGAUCAAGGAUUUGGCUGUAGGAUAUGGUUACAAAGGUAUCAUAGCGGGCACGAGGAAGACCACGCCAGGGUUCCGUCUCGUCGAGAAGUACGGAAUGAUCGUUGGUGGAAUUGAUCCCCAUCGCCACGAUCUAUCUAGUAUGAUCAUGCUCAAAGACAAUCACAUUUGGUCGACUGAAGCCAGUGGCCAACCAGUCCCAAAUUCAGGGUCAAUCACUGCCGCCAUCAAGCAAGCGCGUUCUGUCGGGGGAUUCAGCUUGCUUCUUGACGUGGAAGUCAAUUCAGAAGCUGAGGCAAAUGAAGCGAUCGAGGCGGGUGCCGACAUCAUCAUGCUCGACAAUAUCGAAGGCGAAGAACUCGUGACUGUUGCUCGCAAGUUGAAAGACAAGUGGGCAGGCAAACGUAAAUUUCUCUUUGAAUCGAGCGGAAACAUUACAGAAGCCAACUUACACGAGCGAGUGAUUGAUGAAAUCGACAUCUUGAGCACAAGCGUAGUCCAUCAGUCCGUACCGCACAUAGAUUUCAGCCUGAAAAUUCAGGUACCAGGAUGA